CUGCGAGCCGAGCGCAGGUUUAUCGAUUGGGAACAAAUCCACGUUUCUUUUAACACCGUUCUACGGAGAAGCCACGAGAUGAAAUUGCGGCUCUUUGAUUGCCAGAAUUAGCUGAGCAACAUGCGUGAGAAACGGGACCAGUCAGUGACCAUGUAACGGUGCCAGCGAAAGGGGUGAAGUCUGGCCGCACCCGGGAGAUUUUAAACGUCUCAGAAGACCCAACCAGAUCAAGUUACAGUGAAGAUGAAGGUUCUUUCAUUCUGUCCUAGCUCUGCAGUGAGCACCUCUCUGCCUGGUUUGAUCAUUUUCUUCAUUAUUUAUCACAUUCACAAGUUGGAAUCAGCCCAGUUCAGAGUGAUGGGUCCUGGUCACCCUGUCACUGCCAUUGUGGGUGAGGCCAUUGUGUUACCCUGUCACGUGUCCCCCAGGAUGAGCGCUGUGAACAUGGAGGUGAGAUGGUUCCGAUCAGAGUUCACUUCAGUUGUUCACCAGUAUCAUGAAGGAAAGGAUCAGUAUGGAGAACAGAUGCCAGACUAUCAUGGAAGGACAGAGCUUUUGAAAGCUGGCAUCAUGGAUGGGAAUAUUUCCUUGCAGAUUCUUAAUAUCAGACCCUCAGAUGAAGGACAAUACAACUGUUUUGUUCAAGAUGGUUCUUUUUAUGAAGAAGCCCUAUUGGAACUGAAGAUAGCAGCUUUGGGCUCCAAUCCUCUCAUCUCUGUGGAGAGCCACCAGGAUGGAGGGAUCCGGGUGGUUUGUCAGUCGGCUGGGUGGUACCCAGAGCCCAAGGUGCUAUGGAAAGAUCGCAGUGGGCAAGAAUUACCAUCACUCUCUGAAGCAAAAUCCCUAGGGGAUAGUGGCCUUUUUGAAACAGAAAAUUCUAUUAUUAUAAAAGAACAUUCAAACCAGAACCUGUCCUGUUGGAUCAGGAACACCUUUCUCAAUCAAGAAAAGGAAUCAACCGUUUAUAUAGCAGAUUUCUUUUUCCCGAGGGCGAAUCCAUGGAUCGUGGCUCUGAGUGUGAUUCUCCCAGUUUUCUUUGUUUGUUUCCUUGGCCUCACUCUUUAUCUAUUUAAAAUAAAAGGGAAACAUCUUGGAGAAAUCAGGAAACGUGAUACAGAAAUCGGGAAACAUCUUGGAGAAAUCAGGAAACGUGAUACAGAAAUCGACUGGAGAAGAAACAUCGUCUGCCCAGGGCUGGGAAGUUCUGCGCCACCUGUACAAGAAGCAAAUGUGACUCUGAAUCCAGAAACGGCUCAUCCCGAACUCGUCCUAUCUGAGGAUGGGAAAAGUGUGAGACGGGAAGACACACAGCAGGAUCUGACUGACAGCCCUGACAGAUUUGACUUUUGGGCCUGUGUGCUGGGUUGUGAGGGAUUCACCUCGGGGAGCCAUUGCUGGGAGGUGGUAGGGGGUAAAGGAUGCUGGGCUGUGGGGGUGGCCAGAGAGUCUGUGAGGAGGAAGGGAUGUACCAGCCUUAGCCCUGAGGGGGGGAUCUGGGCUGUGGAGCGGUGGGGGGGUCAGUUCCAGGCUCUCACUGACCCUGUGACCCCCCUGCCCCUGAGCCGGGCCCCCAGCAGGAUCCGGGUUUGUCUGGACUGUGACCGGGGGCAGGUGACAUUUAUCGAUGCUGGUGACGAGGCCCCAAUCUUCACUUUCCCGCCGGGCUCCGUCCGUGGGGGGAGGAUCCGACCCUGGCUCUGGGUGUGGUGGGGAUCCCAGCUCAGACUGUGUCCCUGAGAGACACAGCAGAGGGGGGAACCAGAAAUCUGCCUUUCUAGCUUCAUGGACCCCAGUGUCUAUGACAUUGGCGGACUCCCGUCUACCUACACAGCCCCUGGUACCUCAUCUCUAUGGCCCCUGGAAACUCCUCCCCAUCCCUGCAGCCCCAGAGAUGGGAGGGGGAGGGGGAAGAACCCUUGGGGCUGCAUAAAGAGCAGAGGGGCCAUGUGG